AUGACAGACUUGGGACUUCUUCAUCACUUCCUCGGAAUGGGAGUGAUUCAAACUAACUCUAGCAUCUUCAUUCAUCAGAAGAAGUAUGCAAGUUCUUUACUAAGUAAGUUUGGAUUAAAUGAAGCAAAGACUUUCACAACUCCUCUUGUAGCUACUGAGAAGUUAUCUAAAGAUGAUGGAAGUGGAUCUGCAAGUGAGGAAAAGUAUAGAAGCAUUGUGGGAACACUACUACAUUUUCCUAUUUGCGCGAUCGUAUUUUGCGCGACGAAGAAAAAUUCGUCGUGCAAGAGAUAA